AUGGCGAGAGAGAAUUCCUGCGGCAGACGUGCAUUUGUGAGACUUCUAGUUGUCCUACAUCUCCUCGCAUCUUCCUUCUUGUCAAGCAAUCAGAAUCUGAGACAACUCGCACAACAUGUUGCUAACUAUGGUGGCUUCAUUAUCCUGUCUGGCCUUGAUCUACGAACAGGCAAAUCGUAA